AUGACUCUUGAUGUCCUAAGGCAGCACCAACUCUUCGCCAACAGGUCUAAAUGCAAGUUUGGCAGUUUUGAGGUGGCUUACUUCAGACACAUAAUCUUUGCCCAGGGUGUAAAGGCAAACCCAAAUAAAUUGACUUCCCUCAAGGCUCUUAGGGGUUUUUUUGGGUUAAUCGAGGAUUACAGGAGGUUCAUCAAUGGUUAUGGGGGCAUUGUUGCCCCUACUUACAGAAAUGCUGAAAAAGAUGAGUUUAUAUGGUCAGAGGAGUCUCGAGAGGCAUUUCAAAAAUUGAAGGAAGCAAUUAUGCAAGCCCUAGUCCUUGCCUUACCUGAUUUUUCCAUACUGUUCACAAUAGGGUGUGACACUUCAGGAACCUUGAUAGGAUCAGCCCUAAAGCAAAGGGGGCAUCCCUUAGCUUUUUUUAGCCAAGUUCUGAAAGGGAGGGCUCAGGUUAUGUCUACCUAG